AAUUUUCGGCGUCUCAGGCCCCCACUCGCCUAGCUGCGCCUGCACUGUGCCCUUUCUCACAUCCCUUUAUAGGCUCAUUAAAAAGGACCAAGAAGAUGUGCAAGAAAUCAGAGGUAAAACUCGAGAACAGAGAGCUACUGCUAUCAAGUCCCCUGUUUGAUGGAAAGUGAAGCAGAGAGUGCUGUCAUGGCGAAGAGAUCACCAUCCACUUCCAGGUUCAGGAGGGUGUGUGUCUUCUGCGGAAGUAGCCCCGGCAAGAAAGAUAGUUAUCGUCUCGCUGCUAUCCAACUCGGCCAUGAACUGGUUCAAAGGAACAUAGAUUUGGUGUAUGGAGGGGGGAGUGUCGGCCUCAUGGGCCUUGUCUCUCAAGCAGUUCACGACGGCGGUCGCCAUGUUUUAGGAGUCAUUCCGAGAACUCUGAUGCCGAGAGAGAUAACAGGGGAGACAGUGGGCGAAGUGAGAGCAGUCUCAGGGAUGCACCAGAGGAAGGCGGAGAUGGCCCGCCAAGCCGACGCCUUUAUAGCAUUGCCUGGUGGUUACGGCACGCUAGAAGAGCUCCUUGAGGUCAUCACCUGGGCUCAGCUCGGGAUCCAUGACAAGCCAGUGGGUUUGCUCAACGUGGACGGCUACUACAACUCCUUGCUUUGCUUCAUCGACAAGGCGGUGGACGAGGGGUUCAUCGCACCGGCGGCGAGGCACAUCAUUAUCUCAGCGCAGACUGCUCAUGAACUCUUGUCCAACCUCGAGGAUUACGUGCCGAUGCAUGAUGGAGUUGCACUGAAACUAAGUUGGGAGAUGGAGCAGUUAGGGCACUCGACCAUGUUGGACAUUGCUCGUUGACCAAAGCCACUGCAAAAGUUGACUCAUGAUAAUGUAGCCGAGAGUUUCUAUUUUUUUUUAUUUUUGUUUGUUUGUAAUAUUGCUAAUGUCGACACGGAACUAAUUAAUUAAGGAGGUCUGAUAAUAAUUAGUGUGAAAA